GUCCGGGCUUUGGCUGCGGCCCCGGUGUAGUAGCGGGGGCGGCGGCCGGGGGCAGCGCGGCUCCUUCCCUUGUUGUGUGUGUCGGUGCCUCCUCGCCAUCUUGUUGCAAAGCCCUUUCUUGUCGGCGGGACUCCCGGGGCCGCGGGGCGGGAGGCAUCGGAAGGGAGGAAGAGGAAGAAGGAAGAAAGAAGGCAGUGCCGCCUUUUUAAUUUUUAUGCAUCAAAAUUUUUUUAAUUUGCAAAUUCCUAUUUUGCAAAUAUUUUGGAAGACAUUGAUUUUUUUUUCCUCCCCGUGCUCCCCCGUUCUUUCCUGAGGAGCGCGCUGCGCCGCCCAGCCCUGUCGCCCCCCGGAGGUGAUCCCUCCCUCCUGCCGGCCCGCCAGCCUGACCUGUGCUUGGCUCGCGGGCCGCAGCCUCGGCCCCGGCGCGCCCCCGGCUGCUCUCGGCGCGAUGAGCAUAGAGACGCUACUGGAGGCGGCCCGCUUCCUGGAAUGGCAAGCGCAGCAACAACAGAGAGCACGUGAGGAGCAGGAACGCCUUCGCCUGGAGCGGGAACGCGAGCGAGAACAGGAGCAGAAGAGAGCAAGUAGCUUGGCCAGGUUGGCCCAUGCCCUGCCUGUGGAGGAACCCCGAAUCGAGGCUCCACCGCUACCACUCUCACCACCUGCGCCACCGCCUGCACCACCACCGCCGCUAGCCACCCCUACUUCGCUGACUGUCAUUCCUAUUCCUGUGGUGACCAACUCCCCGCAGUCCCUACCCCCGCCUCCGCCUCUGCCCCCGGCAGCCCAGCCUCUGCCCCUGGCACCUCGCCAGCCAGCCUUGGUCAGCACCCCUGGACUCAGCAUUAAGGAGCCGGUUCCCCUGCCCACCAGACCGCAGGUGCCCACCCCUGCUCCCUUACUGCCUGAUCCGAAGACCACAGUUGCACCCACUGGCAGCCCCAAGCCUUUGCAGCCCCUCCCUACACCCAUCCUGACCAUUGCACCACACCCCGGAGUCCAGCCCCAGCUGGCCCCCCAGCAACCACCCCCACCCACGCUCGGGACCCUAAAGUUAGCACCAGCUGAAGAAGCCAAAGCCAGUGAACAAAAGAAGCGGCCUGGGGGGAUUGGAACCAGAGAAGUCCACAACAAAUUGGAGAAGAACAGGAGGGCCCAUCUGAAGGAAUGUUUUGAGACCCUGAAGCGCAAUAUCCCCAACGUAGACGACAAGAAGACUUCAAAUCUGAGCGUGCUGCGGACGGCGCUGCGGUACAUCCAGUCCCUGAAGAGGAAGGAAAAAGAGUAUGAGCAUGAGAUGGAGCGGCUUGCACGGGAGAAGAUUGCCACGCAGCAGCGGCUGGCAGAGCUCAAGCAUGAGCUGAGCCAGUGGAUGGACGUGUUGGAGAUUGACCGUGUGCUCCGGCAGACAGGCCAGCCCGAGGAUGACCAGGCCUCCACCUCCACAGCCUCUGAGGGCGAGGACAACAUGGACGAGGAUAUGGAGGACGACCGGGCAGGCCUGGGCCCACCUAAGCUCAACCAUCGUCCCCAGCCGGAGCUGCUGAAAUCCACCCUGCCAACUCCUAGCCCCGCCCCUGCACCUCUGCCUACCCAUCCGCACCCUCACCCCCACCCAGUAGCCCUGUCCCCUGCCCACCCCCCUGUGCAGCAGCAGCCACCACAGCAAAAGACCCCUCUGCCAGCCCCUCCUCCCCCACCUGCCACCCCGACCCAGACACUAGUGCCCGCUCCAGCCCAUCUGGUGGCCACGGCCGGGGGUGGCUCUACAGUCAUCGCCCACACAGCCACCACCCACGCCUCAGUCAUCCAGACUGUGAACCAUGUUCUGCAGGGGACGGGGGGCAAGCACAUCGCCCACAUUGCCCCCUCCGCCCCCAGCCCUGCUGUGCAGCUGGCACCUGCCACACCUCCCAUUGGCCACAUCACAGUUCACCCUGCCACCCUCAACCAUGUGGCCCACCUCGGCUCCCAGCUGCCCUUGUACCCACAGCCUGUGGCGGUGAGCCAGCCUGUGGCGGUGAGCCACAUUGCGCACACCCUUUCCCACCAGCAAGUGAAUGGCACAGCCGGGCUGGGGCCCCCAGCCACUGUCAUGGCAAAGCCAGCUGUGGGGGCCCAGGUGGUGCACCACCCCCAGCUGGUGGGCCAAACAGUGCUCAACCCUGUGACUAUGGUCACCAUGCCCUCCUUUCCAGUCAGCACACUCAAGCUGGCUUGAGGAUGAGGCCACUUAGGCCCCCAGUGGGGGCAGGGAAGGGGACCUGACUGCCCCUCUCCCACCCACCAGCUCCACACAUUCCAGCCAGGCCCAGGCCCGCCCCACCCAUACCACCCCCAGGCCUCGUAGGGGAAGGGGGUGCAGAGACUCUGAGCCAGGGGAAGGAAGGGCCCCCAGGGAGUUGGGUGCAGGCAGGAAGUGACUGACCCUGCUGCACUAGGACUUGGUAGACAUGAGGAUGCUUUGGUGGACACCUUGCCUACC